ACCUUACCCAUUUUUUAUCUACUCUGUUCUUUUCCAUCAGCGGAGCCGUCGCUCUCGAUUUCUCUGAACCAGCAACCUCUCAAGUCUCAUCUUACGCCGCCGCCCAACCCACAAGCCCUCUACUUCUGCCAUCGCCAGCCUCGUCUCAAUCUCAUCUCAGUUUUUUAGUAUCUCCUUCAACCUCUCUCUCAUCUCAGUCUCGGCUCUCGCUUCUACACAAACGACCUUCAACCUCAAGCUCGCCGCUCUUGCAAAAAUGCAUAAAAAAUAGCAGGUUCGGUUAGUGUGUGGGUAUUAGUAAUCGGAUUGGAUACCUUAAAAUUCGUGGUUACCGUACCGGUUUGACAUCCCUAGGUGCAGACCUAACAGUGAUACUAUUAGGUACUACAAUUUGCAUUAUCAAUUUCUGUUGUUCUCAAUUGUGGCUCCAGCUGAUUUUUCUAACAUGGUGGCUAGUGGAGGGAAAUGAGAAAGGGGAAUACACCUAUAAAUGACGGUGGCCACUGGACUGUGCGUCUGUGAUUAAAUUCUAAAAUUAACUUACUAGAGAGUUAGAUUGUUUUAGAGAGGAAACCAGUCCUGUCUUCAAAAACUAUAUAAUUACCUUGACUUUUCUUUCUCAAGGGUGACAAUAGUGAACUUCUUUGUACCUCAAAUGGCAAAUCAGAAACUUUUGCAAGCAUUCAAGAUAUCCAAUCCCACAAUUCUCACUUCAAUAUCAAGCCAAGAAAUUGCAGAAAAGAUUGCUAAAAUCUUAAUUAAAGCAGGCCCAAAAGCACUUGAAACCACACCAUCUCUGCUGUCAAAUCUUGAUUCUCAUGUAACCAACCUUAUUCUCUUGAACCCAAGUCUCCCACCUAAUCGUUGCUUGACUUUCUUUAACUUCCUUAGAAGACAUCAGUUCCUCUUUUGUCAUAAACCUGAUCUUCGAGCACAUAUAAUCCUCAUUGCCAGAUUAUUUCAGGCUAGAAAAUUUGCAGAAAUGAAGAAUGUUUUGACUUGGAUUCUUAUGGAUAAGAAUCUUCUAUGCUCAGUCUUAGACUUGUUUUAUUUGAUUGAUAAUGGAUUUCAUGAGCCAGAAUUUGUUGAAAUUAUGUGUGAUAUGUUGUUUAGAGUUUAUGCAGAUAAUAACAUGUUUGAAGAGGGUUUACGGGUCUUUGAUUAUAUGGUGAAUAAUGAAUUAAAGAUUGAUAUUAGAUCAUGUAUAGUGUAUAUGCUUGCGUUGCAGAGAUGUGAUAAAAUGUUGAUGUGUUUGGGUUUCUUUAAAAAAAUGGUCAAGUAUAAGGUAGAUAUUACUGUUUAUUCUUUGACAAUUGUGGUUAAUGGGUUGUGUAAGAAAGGCAUGGUUAAGACGGCUGAGGAUUUGAUGAUUGAAAUGUCUGGUAAAGGGAUUAAACCAAAUGUUGUCACAUAUAAUACACUUCUAAACUCCUACAUUAAAAGAAUGAAUGUUGAACAAGUUGAUGAGAUGUUGAGGUUAAUGGAGAUGGAUAAAAUUGUGUAUAAUGCUGCUACAUAUACACUUUUGAUUGAUUGGUAUGGCAGUUCUGGCCAGAUUGAUGAGGCUGAGAAAAUGUUUGAAGAGAUGCAUGAGAGAGGUGUAGGAGUUGAUAUUCAUGUGUAUACCACGAUGAUUAGUUGGCAAUGUAAACUCGGGAAUAUGAAAAGGGCAUUUGUGUUGUUUGAUGAGUUGACUGAGAGAGGCCUUCUUGCAAAUGUUCACACUUUCGGUGCUUUGAUUGAUGGAGUUUGCAAGUCUGGGAAAAUGGAUGCAGCUGAGAUGUUGGUGAAUGAAAUGCAAUGUCAAGGGCUUGAUGUGAAUCAGGUGAUAUUUAACACACUUAUAAAUGGUUAUAGCAAAAAGGGAAUGAUUGAUGAGGCUUUACGGGUUCAGGAUGUAAUGGAGAUGAAAGGAUUUGAGAAUGAUAUCUACACUUAUAACACCAUUGCCAGUGGGUUUUGUAAAUUGGGUAGGCUUGAGGAAGCAAAGAGGUGUCUAUUUACAAUGGUAGAGAAGGGUGUGAAUCCUAAUGCUGUGAGUUUUACGACUUUGAUUGACAUAUAUUGCAAGGAAGGGAACUUCGUGGAAGCAGAAAGGCUUUUUCAGGAGAUGGAAAAAAAGGGUGAGACGCCUAAUAUUGUUUCAUAUAAUACUCUAAUGGAUGGUUACGGCAAGAAAGGGAAGUUGAAGGAGGCCUAUAGGCUAAAAGAUGAAAUGGAAACUAGGGGAAUGACUGCUGACAUCUAUACAUACACAUCACUUAUACACGGGGAGUGCAUUUUUGGGAAGAUAGAAAAGGCCCUGAAUUUGUUUAAUGAAAUGCGUCAAAAGGGUUUAGUUAUCAAUGUGGUCGCUUACACAGUAAUAAUAUCUGGCUUGUCCAAGGAGGGAAGAUUAGAAGAAGCUUUUAGAUUGUAUGAUGAGAUGAAGGAAGCAGGCCUUACCCCUGAUGAUAGAGUAUAUACAUCCCUUGUGGCCAAUCUAUAAAAACUUGCUUUAGGUGUCAGCUUUAAUCCAUUGAUAUGUUUAGUUUCAGAUCUGGAAAUGUCUAUUGACCUCAGGUUAGUUAGCAAUUCCAUGCUGAGUUAUUAUUAACGAAGUUAUCUGAUUUAUUAAAAAGAAUUGAUUUAUGGGAAAUCAAUCCCAUUUUAAUCAAAGGAAGAAGCCUUGAAAAUGAAAGCAUUUGUGGGUAUUUCAAAUCUGCACAAGCUAUUGCAGACUAAGGAGAAAUUAGCAUUCAUGUGAAGAAAAAUUUUGCAUGCUGAAAAUUCUCCAGUUAUAGUCAUUGGAGGAUCAUAUGGUGGAAGUAGGACACUACUCUGCAUAUUUGUUGUUCACAACCAUUACAUAUAGAUAUAUGGUUUUUAUCUUAUUUAAUUUUUUUUUUCACUGGUGUUCCUAGUGCUGGCUUUAUGGUUUGACUUUGCCCUCACGUAGCCCUUGGAGCUUUGGCCUCAUCGGUAUCCGUUCUAUACUUUGAUGAUAUCACCAUGAAGCUAGUGAGAUUUGCUAUGAGACAAUACAAAAGUCAUGGAUGGAAAUCGAUGAAAUUGCUUCUAAAUCAAAUGACCCUUCAAUCCUCAGCAAGAAAUUCAUGAAUUGCAAUCCCUGGAAGGAUUCUAUUGAGCCCAAAAAUUACUUGGAUGCAACUCAAAAAUUACUUGGAUGCAAUGUUUUGUGUUGCUGCUCAGUACAAUGAACCUCUGGACAGCCCUUUGACUGCUCCUUGCAACAUUCAAUGCUUGCACUAUUAUCAAUAGAUUUACUAGGAUUGCAGACGAAAUUUUUGGCAUGUUGAUUGCUGUUUAAUUCAUUCAAGAGGCUGUUAAAGUAAGUCAAACCAAUAAAACAACAAAUGAAUUUUAGCUUAUCAAGUUUAGCUACUUGAUUAGUGGGAUGCCCAACGAUGUUUGGAUCACAGGGAAUGGUGAGUUUGUUCAAAAUUCCCAAAGCUGAAGAUCCAAAGGUAGAGAUGUAUUAAUUUCAGUGGCUUUAAACAAAUGGAUUGUUGGGUAUAAUAUUCACCUUUGGCCUUUACACUGCCUUGAAGAGCAGAAGGCAAGAUCAUGAUAGGUGGUUCAGAAGUUUCAUUGCAGACUAUGGCAUUCCUUGUUGCGGUAUGGACAGCACUUUCAUUUAGCAUACCGUGCAAAGUUCCUUCUGGAGUUCCUAGAAGGCUCUUUAGCCCUCUUUGGCUCUUCCUUGGGUGUCUUCAUCCUUAUACCACUGAGCAGUUGAUAUUUAACUUGUUCUCUCCUUGUCCUCACAAAAUUCAUUUGCCAUUUGUAUGUUUCUGCUCUUGACAGUGGUAGAUACAAUACAAUAUAAUAUAUCUCUGUAGAUUUCUUCCUUGGGGUUAUAGGGCUCAUCACUUGAAAGAGGAAAGAGGUGUGUAGUGUAAUUGGUUUACCCAAUUUGACUUACCUGUUUCCCUUAUCAAUGAAACAGUAGUGGUUGAAUUGAUGAUUAAUUCAGGUGCUAAUUUGACAUGUGAAGAAAUGCAUUUGACAUGUAUUAGUUUUGGUAAUACUUGACUAAGUUAAAAAAGAGGAAGCAACAUCUUUGGGGAAGUUGGAAUGGUUGGUAAAUGUGUAUUUCUACCUUAAUGUGCUUUAUUGAACACUUGCUCUGUUAUGAAUAAUAUCUUCUUCUUCUUUUUUAUUUUA